UGGUCGCGUGUCCAUAUCGUGUAUUGUCAAAUGUUUAUUGUCAAUAUAUUGUUUCCCGCUUAAAAAUAUAUUGUAGCAUAAUUAAUAUUAGUGACAGAAAGAAUAAUGGAUAAUAUCUUUGGGAAGGAAGAUUCUGGAGAUGAAAGUGAGCAUAAUGAUAUCGAGGACAAAGAUGAUAAAAAUAGUCCUUCACAAAACUCAGGAUCUAAAGAUACUGAAGUUAUGGAUGUCGAUAGUGCACAAGUCAAAACAGAAUCUGAUGCAAUGAGUUCUCAGUCGCAAUCGGAUACAGAGGAGAAUGAAAAUACAGGAUCAAAUUCUAUAUGCCCAAUUGUGACAGAACAAAUUGAAGAAGUUGAAAAACAGAAACUUAAUGUAAAGGAAGAGCAGAUUGCGGAAGAUAUAUUUGGUAAUGAUAUCAUGUUACCUCGUGCAAAUCUAGUCAACACAAAAGAAAGGAGGGAAAGUAAAGAAAAAAGCAAGAAAGAGCUAGAGGAAGAAGAACGAGAGAAGAUGCAGGUAUUAGUAUCUAAUUUUACUGAAGAUCAGUUGGACAGAUAUGAGAUGUAUAGGCGAUCAGCAUUUCCAAAAGCAGCUAUAAAAAGGAUUAUGCAAACCAUAACAGGUUGUUCAGUAUCUCAGAAUGUUGUCAUAGCUAUGUCAGGAAUUGCUAAAGUAUUUGUUGGCGAAAUUGUUGAAGAAGCUUUAGAUGUUAUGGAGACUCAAAAUGAAACUGGCCCAUUACAACCGAAACAUUUGAGAGAAGCUGUUCGCAGAUUAAGGCUACAAGGUCAAAUACCGAAUGGCCGGGCGUAUAAAGCUUUUUUUAGACUAUAAUUAGUUUACAUUUAUGGUAUGUUAGUAAAAUGCUUUUUAUCAAGAAAUCUGUCAAUAUUGAAAUUUGCAAACUUGUAAAAAUUAUAUAAUUAGUA